GACGCAUGCGCGGUUGCGGUAUUGUUCAUACCGGUAGUCUGUGUGUGGAACACAUUGGAAAAUAGUAAGUGCGUGCAUCUCGCGUCCAACGUGGUUAGAAUAAAAGAGACUUUAAUAUAUGCACGACGCGCUUUUAUAAUUAAAUAGACGGAUAACACAGCAGGUAGUUGCUAGCAUCAUGAGCAAAAUGCCUCCUAACAGACGAGGAAUUAAGUUUGAGGUGGGCACUGCUCUUGAAGCACGGGACAGUCUGAAGAACUGGUAUACUGCCAACAUUGAGAAGAUUGACUAUGAGAAUGAGAAGAUCUUAAUCCACUAUCGCCAGUGGAGCCAUCGCUAUGAUGAGUGGUUUGACUGGGCCAGUCCGUACCUGAGACCUGUGGAGAGGAUUCAGCUGAGGAGAGAGGGACGGCAGGAAGACAGUUUUAUCCCUGGAUUUCAUGUGAAUGACAAAGUUCUUGCCAGCUGGUCUGAUUGUCGAUUUUAUCCUGCAAAAGUCUUGGCUGUCAAUAAAGAUGCAUCCUACACUGUCAAGUUCUAUGAUGGUGUCAUCCAAACAGUCAAAGGAAUCCACGUGAAACCCUUCACCAAAGAGAGAACAAAGAAACUAACUGCUAAAAAUGGAGAGACGCCCAUGUUAAAAAAGACAGAAAAGGACACGAACAUGCAGGAGGAGAAUGGAGUCAGCGAUGCUAAACAAGCAGCAGGACAAACUGACUGUGUUCCUAAAAAAGAGGAAGAUGAGAUCUCAGAUUUGGAUAGAGAAGAAGGUGAAAAGAAGAAAAUCAAUGGAAAUCGCACAUGCCUUAAAGUGGAAAAUAUAAGCAUCUUGGAGCAAGUAGGGCAGCACAAUUACAGUAAGUCAUUUCUGAAGAAGGUCUCGGGGACUGAGGAGGCUGCAGUGAAGAUGGAGGACUCUGCGGUGUUUGACUCCGGUAUGAACUUUAAUGAGGCGAUGGUGAAGAGAAAUGAGACAGAGGAAGCAGAAGUCCAGGUGGAACAAAAAAAGGAGGAAAUCAAAGGACAGUGUCUUCCUCAUGACCGAAAAGCACAGAAGCAGCGCAUAAGAAGGAAAAGGAGACUAUCAAUGGCACGAAGGAGCUCCAAAAAAAUCAAGACUGAUUCAGGAAAACAUUUUCAUAAAGAUUCCAAGUCCACAUGUGCAUCCACCAGUCAAGAAAAAGAACUAGACCCCUUAGAUCUAACACCAUCAUCCAAUGGAACAGCAGUACCUAAGGCUCAGUGCCAAUCAGAAACGUUUAAGCCUACAACAGUUAGAAAACAAGCUUUUCACAACCCCAACCGUUUCAGCAGAGAGCCAUUAUACAGAGUCAUCAGAAACCAGCCUCCACCGGUGCUCUCUAUCAACUUGGACCAUAAUCCAUGUAAAUGUAGCAUUCCUGGCUGUACAAAGUCUUUCCGGAAAGCAAAACUCCUGCACUAUCAUAUGAAGUACUACCAUGGAGAUGAUCGUCUGAUAGAACAGGACCAGACCAGGGCAAUGGACAAACACACCACACUUAAUAAUCAGGAGAGCUCUAAGAAGAGGUGCAUUCCAUCACAUGAGUGUGCGCAGAUGUCUCUGAAGAGACACUCUGUUGCCAGUGCACAGAAUUACCAACGGUGGCCAUCACUAAAGUACAAGGCCAGAGAGAAUCAGCUAGACAGAAACAUGCAAAGAUACUUCAACAAGGAAAGAGAGAGGAGGUUUAUGGAAAUGGAAGGUGUGAAGGAACAUGACAAGCUAAAAGAGAAACAGACUAGAGACUUUCAGCGAAUUAAGUUAAAGGAAAAUAAAAAAAUGAGAAAAACCACAUCAGAUGAGGAUAGCAUUUCUGAUUGGUCCUCUGACAGCUGUGGAUGGAGUGAAAAUGAAAUGGGGGCAGAUUUGGAUGUCAUUGCCUCACCUCUCAGCUGUAGCUCCUCUGCCUCGACUACAGGAAGUCAGGAAACUAUCCGUUGUGUGUGUGAAGUGGAAGAGGAAAAUGACUUCAUGUUACAGUGUGAAGAGUGCCUGUACUGGCAGCAUGGAACCUGUAUGGGCCUUCUGGAAGAGAAUGUUCCAGAGCGAUACGCUUGCUUCAUUUGCCGGGAUUCCCCAGGGCAGAUCAGAGGUCAGAGACCGCGUCUACGGUACUGGUAUGACAGGGACUGGCUUAGCACCGGCCACAUGUAUGGCCUCUCUUUCCUGGAGAACUACUCCCAUAAGAACGGGAAGAAGAUUGCAGCCACUCAUCAGCUGUUAGGGGACGUUCAGCAUGUGGUGGAAGUCCUCAAUGGCCUGCAGCUCAAAAUUAGUGUGCUACAGAGCCAAAGUCAUCCAGACCUCAAGUUGUGGCGUCAGCCAUGGAAAAUGACAGAGAAAUCCAGGAUGAAAACCAUGGCUCAUCCAGACACAAAAACAGUUUCUGCAUCAGCAUCCUUGGAUGCCAUUCAACGUAAAGAGCCCUUGACUUCAACCUUUCAGGACUAUAUUAGCAGUGAGCAUAGCUACCAAAAGCCACAAACACUGUACCAGGUAUUGGAGCCGAGGCUGGUGCUGAAGACACGGGUUGAGUCGGUGCUGGAAGACCGGUUGCAAAACACUGAGACAGUGCUGAAGAAUGACCAACACUGUAAUGGAGAGAUCCAACCAGCACUACUGAAGACAUGCAGUACUCAGCUGUGCAACCACAGCAUGGAUCUAGGAGAGAAGUGUGAGGCGGAUGCUGAUGGAGGUGGGGUUAAGGGCGGAGCUCAGCAGCAGCAGUGGAAGAUCAGCCUGCUGGAGCAUAUUGAGACUGUCCAAGAAGAGGUUACUCAAAGGAUGGACUUCAUCGAAAGGGAGCUUGAUGUGCUUGAAAACUGGCUGGACUGCACGGGUGAGUUGGAGCCUCCAGAGCCACUGGACCAUCUGCCUGAACUCAAGCACAGCAUCAAACAGCUGCUGAAUGAAAUGGAAAAGGUGCAGCAGAUUGCUCGGACUUGUGCCACAUGAGUGCACCAAGGAAUGUUUCACUAUCAUCACAGGGUUACCUCAGAUUGACACAUUCCUAUACCUUCACAGACUGAAGAGCCAAAAGAAUAGACUGAGAACAUGUGAAACAGAAAUGCUGUUUGUAACAAAGCCUGUGAUUCUUAAAUGUGAAAUCAAGAGAAUGUUGCAAAACUUUUUCACCUCACUUAUCAUUUUUCAACAAAUGUGAUUUAAUUUUCUUCAUUUCUGUUUCAACAAAAGGGAACAUACAACAAAAAACAUUUUAAGUAUGUUUGCUAAAAGGUUUACUAGACUUGGCUUUGUCAUUUAACAAAGCACAUCAUGCAGUGAUUUCUAUUAUUUUUAGACUUAGUCAUAAAGCAAUACAUAUUUUUUCCUUUGCAGAGAAAUUGAGUUAUUCAAAGUUAUGUUUCAGCUAAAAGCCUACUUGAAUAGUCAAAAAGGACCCAUCCUGUGCUCUUUAAAAGGAUAGUAACCUUUAACAUGUAUUUAACAGGUUGGGUGUGAAAUAAAAUGUACACAAUGAAACUGUU